AUGCCGCCCCCGGCAACCCGCGGCUGGUCUCUGUCGCAGCUCUGGCGCAGCGACGACGAGGAGAUGGCCAACAAAAAGGACGAUGACAUUGGCCUGCCCCGGCACUCUAAGCAAUCCGACCAGUGGCAAGCCGCGCCCAAAUCGUCCUUACGCUUGUCCGCGGUGCUUCGGCUUAUCGUGUAUGCUGGUGCUCUCUUCUUGCUGGCAUAUGGGCUGUUCAGGAUCAUCGGGCCUGCUCCGGGAGCCUCUUCUCUUGAUCCGGAAAAUCUGAUGCCCUUCAAAGCUGCAGCGGAAACCUCCAAGACAUACAAUGGGCCGUUGAAGCUCCCGCAUCUGGGCAAGUCGCUGCAAGCCAUCAUGUCAGAGACGUCCGGGAGGCUUGCGAAGAAUCGCAAUGUCUUAUUCACGGCUGCGAGCCUCCAGAGUGCAGCACUUCUGCUCCCAAUGGCGUGUGAGAUGGCCAUGGAGCGCCAGAACUAUGUGCAUUUUGCUCUGAUGAGCAGGAGUGACAUCCCGAUGAAAGAACUGCUGGCUAUCAAUGGCCUCGACAAGGGAUGCCCCUUGAUUGUUCAUGAUGCUCGUCCCGACCAUUCGACGACAGCAACCGAGCCGCGGAUGGCACUUUCUGUAGCCCGAGCUCUCUACUAUAUGGGUGUUUACAUGCACCCCCAAGCGAUCAUCAUAGACUCCUCAAGUACCGAGGAGAAAUAUUUCCUCUCUGGCAUCCAUGAUGAGAUUCAAUCCAUGCAAGCUACCUUGAUUGAGCUCCCAGAAAGGCCCGGGAAGCGAUUUGCCUGGCUGUCAAAGCUCGAUGCUUCUGCCCUGGCAGCGUGGAACGAUGUCAGCUUUGACAUUCUGAUUCAUGCCCCUCAUCACGGCACAGGCAACCUCAAGCGGCUACUGAGGUCCCUGGCUCGGGCUGAUCUGGCUGGGGUGUCUCCGCCUCACUUGACCAUUGAACUUCCAUCGAGAAUAGAUGGAGACCUGAGCAACUUCUUGAGCGGGUAUCAAUGGCCCCCAAAGGUUCCCGCUGGAGCCCAAAAGCCACGGCUGCUCUCGCUGCGUCACCGUAUCCCUCGGCAGAAAUUGAGUGAAGAGGAGAGCUCUGUCCGGUUCCUGGAGUCCUUCUGGCCGACGAAACCAUCUCACUCUCAUGUCUUGGUUCUUUCGCCUCACACUGAGGUCACCCCUCAGUUCUUUCACUAUGUCAAGUAUUCGCUGCUGCAGCGAAGAUACUCGGAUAUUGCCACCCAGCAGGAGUGGCAGACCAAACUCUUUGGCAUCAGCUUCUCGGCGCCAACAACAUAUCUUGAUGGCAACAGCGAAUUUAUACCUCCCAAACCACUCGAAGGACAUGAGUCAGGCGCAAAAGAUACUCCCUUCCUUUGGCAAGCCCCCAGCAGUGAUGCAAUUCUCAUCAUGGGCGACAAGUGGGUGGAGCUUCACGGCUAUGUGUCUCAGCUUCUGGACAAGCGGCAUGCCUGGUCGACGACGCCGGAUCUCCUCGCCAAGAAGGAGGUCAGUAAGAAAUACCCUGCUUGGCUGGAAUACACGCUCCAGCUGUCACGGCUCCGAGGCUACGUCACCCUUUACCCUACCCAGCAAACCGCCAACAGCGUUGUCGGCAUUCACAACGAUCUGCACGACGUGCCGGAGGAGUAUGAAGAUGAAGCAACUUCUGGACAAGACUCGAUCAAGCUUUCCACGGACUUGUUCGACCCAGCAUCUCAGCUGGAUAUGCUGGCAACGCUUCCGAAUGGAGGCGACUUGCCGCUCCUCUACCACAUCCCUUGGUUGACCUGGGAUGGCCAGGUGGCACAGGAUUUCAACAUCCGGGAGGCUGCUGCCAAGUACAAGGAGGCGUUCCGCAGCCAGGUCGGACAGUGCAAGGAUGAAGGGCCGGAGGCUUUUCACGCCGCUGAUCCAUUUGCCAGAGAUUUGUUCUGCUUUGCUAAGGGUGGGUGA